UUGUGUGGUGGAUGAGAUGGAUUUCUCAGGGAUGGAGCUGGAUGAGGCUCUGAGGAAGUUCCAGGCUCACAUCAGAGUCCAGGGAGAGGCCCAGAAGGUGGAGAGACUGAUCGAGGCCUUCAGUCAGCGGUACUGCAUGUGUAACCCGGACGUGGUGCAGCAGUUCCACAACCCCGACACCAUUUUCAUCCUGGCCUUCGCUAUCAUCCUCCUCAACACAGACAUGUACUCACCCAACAUCAAGCCUGACCGCAAGAUGAUGCUGGAGGACUUCAUACGCAACCUCCGAGGUGUGGAUGACGGAGCUGACAUCCCCAGAGACAUGGUGGUGGGCAUCUAUGAGAGGAUCCAACAGAGAGAGCUGCGCUCCAAUGAAGACCACGUCACCUAUGUCACCAAGGUGGAGCAGUCCAUUGUGGGCAUGAAGACAGUUCUGUCUGUUCCCCACAGAAGAUUGGUGUGCUGUAGCCGUCUGUUUGAGGUGACGGACGUCAACAAGGCCCAGAAACAGGCAGCCCACCAGAGAGAAGUCUUCCUCUUCAAUGACCUUAUCGUGAUCCUGAAGCUGUGUCCGAAGAAGAAGAGUUCAGCAGCCUACACCUUCUGUAAAGCCCUGGGCCUCCUGGGCAUGCACUUCACACUGUUUGAGAGCGAGUACUACCCCCAUGGCAUCACCAUCAUCUCACCCUUUGGCUCAGACAAGAAGCAGGUGCUCAACUUCUGUGCCCAGAGCGCCGAGGAGCUGCUCAAGUUUCUAGAAGAUCUAAAGGAGUCCAUUGCUGAGGUGUCAGAGAUGGAACAGAUACGCAUUGAAUGGGAGUUGGAGAAACAGCAGGGCUCGAAGGGAGUAUCAGCUAAGAACAAUGGCACUCUGGAGCUACGCAGCAAACAGGGCUCCCCGUCAGGCAAGCAGGACCUGGAUGAGAACAGUGGACACAAUGCAGUGGAGGUGUCAAUUCACAACAGGCUUCAUACGUACCAGCUCAGCAGCAGCGGGAGCUUGCCCCGGAGCCCCGAGAGUGUUGGAGCCCUUCUUAACCACCGGGGGGGAGCUCUUGCAGCAGCCGCAGCUUCAGUCAGCCGCUGGCACCCCCCUCCACCACCUGCAGCAGCUCCAGCCAAUCAGCAUGGGCGACCUUCGGCCCGACACGCUCAUCCAGUGCCAGCAGAUUGUCAAGGUGAUCGUCCUGGACAACAGCGGCCAUGGCCGCGUGGAGGCCUUCCUUAGCCACACCCCCACCCACGCCCAUCAUCAUCACCAUGCCCACCACCACCAGGUCAUCCGGUCGGCCACCUCCACUCCUGUAAGGUCGCCAGAGAGCAAGGACGGUCACCAGCCCCCCUUACCCCCUCCUCCUCCCCCCUACAACCACCC